AUGAACGCUUCGACGACUAAUUGCACGACGGGUGAUCUCGACGCCGAUUGCGUGACAGAUUCACUGUUCUUGGAACUUUUUGAUUUCGUUGCAUUGUGUGUCAUAGUUGUGGUGAUAGUAGUCAGCCUGUACAAGUUUGUCCGACGCCGCUGCUUUCCUCCUCCUCCUCCUCCUCCUCCUGAUGAUCAAGAUAAUAACAAUAACCACACUAGUAAUAAUAAUAAUAAUAAUAGCGUCGUCGUCGAAGUUAAUCAAGCAGCAGCUAGCGGCGGGUUGAGGAAUACGGUGAGGGUUUUCAAGAAAAGUGGCGGAGAAGGCGACGAAGAACAAGGAAGAGUAGGAGAUGAAUGUUCGAUUUGCUUAGAAGAGUUGAAGAACGGGGAGGAGUGCUCUUCUCUUGACGUGUGCGGGCAUUUGUAUCACAAGGAGUGCUUUGAGCCUUGGCUCGCUCAAAACCAUGAUUGUCCUUUGUGUCGUGCUUCCGUUCAUACCAGACCGACAACGGUCCGUAUGUUUCGACAGGGUGGAGGUAUGUGUAUAGUUUAG